AUGUCUGGGGAACUACCAUGGUGUGACCAGUACCUUGUUGGGAACACUGCUGUAUUAGGGCCAGUACCUUGUUUGGAACACUGCGAAAUCUUUCCCAAAACUGGACCGGAAACAGAUGAAGUCAUUCAUUCGUUUUACACAGGGAAACAGAUGGCCCGAAGUUACGCUGCGUACAGACCUCGCUACCCUGCAGACAUUUUUGACACAAUUAUGUCAUAUCAUGAGCAAAUCAUAACCAGUGGCCAUCAACUGGCCGUAGAUGUCUGCUGUGGUACUGGACAGUCCACUCUACCCCUGACGAAACUGUUUCACCAAGUGGUUGGUGUGGAUGUAAGCGAGGACCAGAUAGAAAACAUGCCCAAGGGAAUACCCAAUCUGACAACGUAUGUUGGACUCGCUGAGGAUUUGAACAUGAUUGAGUCUGGAACUGUUGACCUCGUCACCAUCGCCACUGGACUUCACUGGGUCAACACGAAAAAGUUUUUACUGGAAGCCAAACGUGUAUUGAAGCCUGGAGGAACUUUUGCAGCCUACACCUGGCUGAUGGACCAGUUGGAUGAUGCCGAAGCUAACAAAUAUUACAGACAGGCUUUCGCACUAUUCAAAGACUACUAUACAUCAAGGCCAAUGCUUGCCAUGGAGAAAUAUCAGUCAAUAGAGUUUCCAUUUAAUAACAUACGAAGGUUUGAUAUCCCAAUGAGAGAAGAGAUGAGCAUUGAUCAGUUUGUAGGCUGCAUCCAAUCCAUCCAUGCCACCAACUUGUACUACCAAGAUCAUCCUGGCACCACCGUUCUGGAGGAGAUACGCUCAAAAAUGACGUCACUACUGAGUGCUGAUGGGAAGAGAGAUACUGAGGUCAAAGUUCAAAUGACCAAACAUUUUUUCUUGCUGCUUGGAAGAAACAAAUAAUUUGUCUUUUCGCUCGAGAAAGUUUGCAGCGCACGUAUAAAAAACAUUCACACACACACAGAGACAAUCGCUAAGACACAUACAUAGCGUAGACACAAGUUUACAUAAACACACACAAGCUUAUAUAAAUACAUUCACAUUUUUACGAAAAGCAUAAAAAACGCAUACACAAGCCUACACAGACACACAUACGCUUGCUCAAAACAGACACAACGCACACAGUUAAACACAAACACACUGUGGUGGAAUAAGUCCUCCGAUCGGUCUGUUUGCACUUUCCGAUGGGGAUGAUGGCCUGCGACUCCUAGGGGGUAAAGUCUUAGAGCCACAACGUGGUAAAUAUUUUGUUGGUAUUAUAUAGGCACAUAGACAGACACAAGCAAAACGCAAAGCUUAAUGAUUUUGUGGAAGAACAAAUAUUUA